AUGCCACACUCCAUAUCGGCCUUCCAGGCCGCUUACAUUGGCAUCGAGGUGCUCAUCGCCCUGGUGUCAGUGCCUGGGAACGUGUUGGUGAUCUGGGCAGUGAAGGUGAACCAGGCUCUUCGAGAUGCCACUUUCUGCUUCAUUGUGUCGCUGGCUGUGGCCGAUGUGGCUGUGGGUGCCCUGGUCAUUCCUCUCGCCAUCCUUAUCAACAUUGGCCCCCAGACCCACUUCUACACUUGCCUCAUGGUGGCUUGUCCUGUCCUCAUCCUCACCCAGAGCUCCAUCCUGGCCUUGCUUGCUAUUGCUGUCGAUCGCUACCUCCGAGUCAAGAUUCCGCUCAG